AUGCUGCGAGACCGGAUCGCUCCGCCCGAGACAUACUACCUGACCAAGGGUGACUUGGUUCCCAAUAAUUCCGUGCCAGCUCUGGUGUAUCGUAAUGUUCUCCCACGCCCCAUAACCCAAGACUCGGCACAGACACUUUGCGAGGGAAAUCACUGGGAGAAGAGGGGAGAAUGGGGGCCUCUUUGGGAAGCGCAUUUUCACCCCAACACCCAUGAAUGUUACGCGAUCAUCCGAGGCCAGUCAACUUUAGUUCUUGGCCGUGAACAUGCAGCAACAACGGGAGGCGUCGAGGUGGAUGUCAGCGCCGGUGAUGUGGUCGUUGUCCCGGCCGGCGUGUCCCAUCGGUCCAUCAGCGCAGACAACGAAUAUCGAUACAUCGGUGUAUAUCCUGAAGCCGCGCCGAAGUGGCGAAAUAACUUUUGUAAAGGCAAGGAAGAUAUGCAUCUUUUGGUGGAAGAAAUCACGAGCGUUGCAGUUCCUGAGGAUGAUCCUGUUUACGGCAAAGAUGGUCCUCUGGUGACUUUGUGGCAGCAGGCAUCGAGGUCGAAUAAGCUCUGA